GCCAGCGUCAGGCGCUGAAGACUCUGGCCUGGAUCAUCCUGGUGCUCUUCAUCAUCUGCUACAUUGGUUCCAUCUUCACGACCAUCAUGAUUGGCCGGAACGACAGAGACUUCAACGCGUACUACAAGGAGUCAGGCAGGUGGGACCAUGAGUACUACUUCAAGACAAUUGGGCGUUCACUGAUAUCUUUUCUGCAGAUCGUCACGCUGGACAACUGGGCGGAACUGAUUGUUCGCGAUGUUGUGCAGGUUCAGCCAGGGAUGUACGUCUUUUUCAUUGCGUUCAUUUGCUUGGGGACCUUCGGCGUGCUGAACCUCAUGAUAGGUGUCGUGGUCGAGCGGGCGAUCCGCACGGCUGCCACGGACUCGCGCGAGCAGAAGCGGAAGAAGGACAGGGACCGCCAGCUGGUAUUCUCGCAGCUCCGCGAGAUCUUCGAGGCGGCGGACGUGGACAACAGCGGCACGCUGACCCUGGAGGAGGUCGAAGAGGCCAUCAACAAGCCCGAGAUCUACAACAAGCUCAGGAUGAUUGACUUCCCGGUGGACAACCCGAAGGAGGUUUUCGUGCUCCUUGACUACGACAACACGGGGGAGCUGACCAUCGAGGAGUUCAUCAAGGGCUGCCUGCGGAUGAAGGGCCCAGCGAUGUCCAAAGACUUGCUCGUCGCCCAGGUGGCCAUCGACGGCAUGGCGAAGCAGUACCAGAUCUUCGAGACCGAGCUCGCCUCGUUCAAGAAGAAGCUCAAGAAGCUCGACGCCACGGCGAGGCAGCUCACCUUCAUCCGGCCCUCGUGCCGGAUG